CUGAUCAUAAAAGGGUAGAAUAAUCCCCCAAAUUCCUUCAUCAUCUUCUUCUUCCACAUUCCGAUUUUGAAGCGUGGAAAAACCCUAGAAUUCAACCAGCGAAAAUUGUCUCUACGAUCGAUCGAUUUGAUCCAUGGGGAACACGGAGAAGCUGAUGAACCAGAUAAUGGAGCUGAAAUUUAUGGCGAAGACGCUGCAGCGGCAGGCGAGGAAGUGCGAGAAAGAAGAGAAGGCGGACAAGCUGAAGGUGAAGAAGGCGAUCGAGAAAGGCAAUAUGGACGGAGCUAGGAUCUACGCCGAGAACGCGAUCAGGAAGAGGACCGAGCAGAUGAACUAUCUUAGGCUCUCUUCCAGGCUCGAUGCCGUUGUCGCUCGUCUCGAUACGCAGGCCAAGAUGACCACCAUCAACAAGUCCAUGGCCAACAUCGUCAAAUCUCUCGACUCCUCUCUCGCUUCGAGUAAUUUGCAGAAGAUGUCCGAGACUAUGGACCAGUUUGAGAAGCAGUUUGUGAACAUGGAGGUGCAAGCAGAGUUCAUGGAGAAUGCCAUGGCUGGUUCUACCUCACUGUCAACACCCGAGGGAGAGGUCAAUAGCCUGAUGCAGCAAGUGGCUGAUGAUUAUGGACUGGAGGUCUCUGUUGGGCUUCCUCAACCUGCCGCGCAUGCUGUGCCAACCAAGGUCCAGGAGAAGGUCGACGAGGAUGACCUGUCCAGGCGUCUUGCCGAGCUCAAGGCAAAGGGCUGAAAAGUGUCCUUGAAUAUAUACUGAAGCUUUUAAGCUUUGUCUUGAGGUAACGCUGCACUGAUAUGUUGUGAGGGAGGUGUUCUGGAUUGGGUUGCUAUUACUUGCUGAGCCGGCAUUGUGUAAAUUUGGCGAAAUGGGGAGUCUUGAAGUUCAUUGUAAGACCUAUGUGUUGAAUAUUGAUGAAUGAUGAUGAUGAUGAUGUAGCAGUCCCCUUGUGUUUCUGUGGUUUCUUUGUGCAUUUAGUUGCCCUCCCAUGUAAUACUGAUAAUGCUUACCUCUGCUCCUAGUUAUCCUGUUUAUUCACAUCGUUUGGUUCACAGUAGCUGCUGAAUUCUUAGGAUCUCGUCAUUGUCAAUGCUAGAAAUCUGCAAAACAAGUAGGGUUACAGGUUUAAGUUAAUUCCUAGGCCUUAAUUUUAACUUAAUUGUCUCCACGAGAGUUCCAAAGUGACUCAGAUCUGUCAUUAACACACACUCAUAAAUUUUCAGAUAUGAU